UGGAGUUUUGUAUAGACAUAGGAUUGAUUGGUAACUUACUGUACGCGAAUAUGAUUAUAUGACCCCUCCAAUACUUAAUUCCUUCUUCACAGAAAUCAGAAUAUUUUUUUCCCCGAGGUUAGCACUUCUGCCUGUGUCUUGUCUACCCUUCCUUGUGCUUGAGCUUCCAAGAAACUAAAGUAAUGGAGGGAGACGGCAUAGAAGAAGGGCUGGAAUCAGCAACAAGCCCUCUACUUCUCGGAGAUAAGAGCACCGGCAACACAACAACCAGCAACCAGCACUCCAUCACUCCCGUUCUUGUCUUCAGCACCUUUGUUGCUCUCUGUGGUUCCUUCAGCUAUGGAUGUUCUGUGGGUUACUCGUCGCCUGCUGAGUCUGGAAUCAUGAAAGAUUUAGGCCUCUCUGUUGCAGCAUACUCAGUUUUUGGCUCGAUAGUGACAAUAGGAGGGAUGGUAGGUGCAAUUUUAAGUGGGAAGAUGGCAGAUCUCAUCGGUCGAAGAGGAACGAUGUGGACAUGCCAGAUAAUUUGCAUGGCAGGCUGGCUUGCAAUAGCAUUUGCUAAGAAAGCUUGGUGUCUGGACAUUGGAAGAUUCUUAGUCGGAGUUGCAAUUGGGAUUCUUACUUAUGUGGUGCCUGUAUAUAUUUCAGAAAUUACUCCUAAGAAUCUCAGGGGACGAUUUACCUCAGCCAAUCAGUUGUUAGUAUGUUGUGGCUUUGCAGUAACGUAUUUUGUUGGAAGUAUUGCAAGCUGGCGUGCCUUGUCUCUUAUAGCUACUAUUCCAAGCAUAGUGCAAAUUGUAUGUUUAUUUUUCGUCCCAGAGUCUCCAAGAUGGCUGGCAAAACUCGGCCGUGAAAAGGAGUUUGAAGCUUCUUUGCAACGUCUUAGGGGAACAAACUCAGAUAUUUCUGAAGAAGCAGUUGAUAUCAGAGAUGCUAUAGAAAUUUUGAAACAGACCUCAGCUGAAACUAGAACCUUAGAGUUGUUCCAGAGGAGAUAUGCUUAUGCAGUUAUUGUUGGAGUAGGGCUGAUAUUACUACAAACAUUUGGAGGAAAUAGUGCAGUGUCAUAUUAUCUUGGCACCAUAUUUGCUAAAGCUAAUGUUUCAACCUCCUCUGGACCUAUAAUUUUUGCUCUUUUACAGAUUCCAACAUCUGUUGCAACUGUACUCUUAAUGGAUUUAUUUGGAAGACGGACACUUCUUAUGGUUUCAGCUACCACAUCAUGCUUAUGCUUGUUCCUUGUAGGAUUAUCGUUUUGCUUCCAGGAAUCCCACAACCUGAAAGAGCUCACCCCAAUAAUGACUUUGGUUGGCAUAUUGGGUUUUGGCUGCGGUUUUGCCAUAGGCAUGUCAGGAAUACCUUGGGUUAUAAUGGCAGAGAUAUAUCCUGUAAAUGUUAAGGCAUCAGCAGGAAGCCUAGUGGUUUUAACCAGCUGGGCUAGUUCUUGGGUUGUGACAUACACAUUUAAUUUUAUGCUGGAGUGGAGUUCAGCUGGGACAUUCUUCAUCUUCAGUGGAAUGUGUGCUUUAACUAUUUUAUUCGUAUGGAAGUUGGUGCCAGAGACGAAGGGAAGAACAUUAGAAGAAAUACAAUCAAGAUUAAUCACUCAGAUCCCUGGACAAAACUCGGUGAUAGCGAAAACAUAAAGAUGGUGUUUAGCUUAACGACACUGUUUCACUGAUUAUAUUCAAUUUUUCUUUGAUUUUCUUAAUGAACAUGAAUUUAUGCAACAAUUCUCUUUUAAGAUUAUUGUAUGUUUUUAAUUUAUCAAUAUAAAAUAAAUGGUGAAUUACAGACAAUAAA